UGACAGUACAUGUUAUUGCCAUGGGAAGACAUUUGGGUAUUAAGCUUUUUGGCGGUGCUCUUGUUGGUUUGACUGGUACCUACGUGGUUGUGCGUCGUGAGCAUGAGCGCUGUGCUAUUCCCAAGGGCACUAAAUACACUGUUCCAGGGCAGCUUAAGAGUCGUUCUUUAAUGUCACGUGCAUUGCGCGAUGAGGAGUUUGAUGUCCUUGUCGUUGGCGGUGGUUGCACAGGCAGUGCUGUUGCUCUAGACUGUGCCACUCGUGGUUUGAAGUGUGCGUUGGUUGAGGCUAAUGACUUUGCAUCUGGUACAUCUUCUAAGAGUACCAAGUUACUUCACGGUGGGAUUCGUUACCUUGAGAGCGCCUUGCUUCAUUUUGACAUUAAGGAGUUGCGUUUUGUGUGGAAGGCGCUUGAGGAGCGUGCUCAUUUGAUAUUUGCUGCACCUUUUGCCAAUCCUCCAAUUCCCAUUGUUUUGCCUAUUUAUCAGUUAUGGCAGAUUCCUUACUUCUGGUUCAACAUUAAGGUCUAUGAGUUAUUAGCUCGUUUUUUCUGUUGCAACGAGACUGGUGUUCCAUCUUCUUACUACACUGGCAAGGCUAAUGCUUUGGACUGCUUCCCUCCAUUGCGUGAGAAGGGUUUGCGUGGUGCUGUAGUUUACUACGACGGUCAGCAUGACGACUCUCGUACUAACUUGUUGAUGGCUUUGACCAGUACUAUUGACAACUACGUUCCAGGUCAGGUUGGUGCUACUGUGGUUAACCACACUGAGGUUGUUGAGUUGUUGAAGGACUCCGAGGGCAAGGUUUGCGGUGCUAAGGUUGUUGACAAGUUGACUGGUGACACUUUUGACGUCCGUGCCAAAGCUGUGGUUAACUGCAGCGGUCCUUUUGCUGAGAAGGUUCGUCAGAUUGGUAAUCCAGACGGCAGUGAGAACAUGUUACACUCUCGUGGUACUCACAUUGUACUUCCCGCCACAUAUUCUCCAACUCAGUUUGGUAUGGUCAUUCCUAAGACCACUGACGGUCGUGUUUUAUUCACUCUUCCAUGGCGCGGUCAGACUUUGGUUGGCACCACUGACAACAAGGAUGACCUUCAGUGGAACCCCUUGCCCAAGAAGUCCGACGUUGACUUCAUUUGUAAGGAUGCUGCCAUUUACAUGAACUGCAGUGAGGAGUCUUUGCGUCGUGACAUCAAGUCUGUGUGGUCUGGCUUGCGUCCUUUAUUGAAGGGUCUUGAUGGUCAACCUGACAGUGAGAAGACUGAUUCCUUAUCUCGUGGUCACGUGAUCCACGUUGAUCGCCAGAACUUGGUUAAUGUAUACGGUGGUAAGUGGACUAUCUGCCGUUUGAUGGCUGAGGAGUGUGUUGACCGUUUGCUUGAGGCCAACCCUGAUGUGAAGGCUAAGACUCGCUGCCGCACUCGCAACCUUCGUUUGUACGGUACUCACAACUUGAAGGGUGAAUACAACCCUGAUGAGAUCCGUCCUAUGUUCAACACUUUGAGUGUUGAGCUUCGUUCUGAGUUUCCCGGUUUAACUCCAGAGCAAGCUGCUCACCUCGUUGAGAGUUACGGUUACCACUCUCGUGAGGUAGCUCGUAUGUCUGCUGAGGCUAAGAUGCUGAAGCCUAUCCACCCCGACUUCCCCUAUUUGCAGGGUGAGGUUUUGUACGGUGUCCGUCGUGAGUUUGCCUGCACUCCCCUUGACAUUCUGGCUCGUCGCACUCGUAUAGCAUUCCUUGACAACAAGGCUGCAGCCGCUUCUCUGGACACCGUGUGUGACAUUAUGGGCAGGGAGUUGAGUUGGAGCAGCUCCCGUCGUGCUGAAUUGCGUUCUCAGGCAGUUGACUUCUUUAACACGAUGAACGUUCCCGUGUGCUAAAUGCGCUAUAUACUCUAAGCAAGUGCACUAAAACAGUGAUGCUUUAACAUAUCGACUGAAUUUGUUGGUUACUAC